UAGAAAUUACUCUGUUCUACAGAUCUUUUAAGAUGACUUUUCCUGUGUCGACCCCUUAAUUUUUGAAACAACUCCUUCCGCCCCUUCCUCCUUCUCCCCAUUCAUCCUGCUCAGCCAGUGCCUGACACUCUUCAUGUCUCCAGCCCUACCCUCGAGCUCCUCUUACCCACCAACUCACGUUGGUCUAACAUUCCAGCUCUGCGCUCAUUAGUCUCUUGAGAAAUCGGCAGAUCCGGCGUUCUGGGUUCCUGUCCCCUCCCAGCAGCUGUCUUGGUGCCAUACAGCAGAAACUCCACAGGCCUCUCCUGACCAGCCCCAGCGAUUUGUCAGUUUGAGCCCACCUCAAACUGACAUUUUGGUGCAUAGCCUCAGAGUUCCCGAUUUGUCUUACUCUGCAGGAGAGAUUGGAGCUGAGAAAUGGCUUCCACCUUCCAUCCACGAGAAUGUGAGCUGUCUAAACAAGAAGGGCAAAGCUAUGGCUUCUUCCUGCGAAUUGAGAAGGACACUGCUGGCCACCUGGUCCGGGUAGUUGAGAAGGGUAGCCCAGCGGAGGAGGCGGGCCUCCAGGAUGGAGACCGAGUUCUUAGGAUCAAUGGUGUCUUUGUGGACAAGGAAGAGCAUAUGCAGGUUGUAGAUCUGGUCAGAAAGAGUGGGAAUUCAGUGACUUUACUAGUCCUGGAUGGGGAUUCCUAUGAGAAAGCAAUGAAAAAGCAGGUAGACUUGAAAGAGUUGGGUCAAAGUCAGAAAGAGCCGAGUGUGAAUGAUAAGAAACUGCCUGCUGUGAUGAACGAAGGAGCACAGACUUGGACUCAGCCACGGCUCUGCUAUUUGGUGAAGGAGGGGAACAGCUAUGGCUUCUCUCUGAAAACUGUCCAAGGUAAAAAGGGAGUGUACAUGAUGGAUAUAACGCCUCAAGGUGUGGCUAUGAAAGCUGGUGUCCUGGCUGGUGAUCACUUGAUUGAAGUGAACGGAGAGAAUGUCGAAGAUGCCAGCCAUGAGGAAGUGGUUGCCAAGGUGAAGAAAUCCGGAAGCCGAGUCGUGUUCCUGCUGGUGGACAAGGAGACUGACAAGCUCCAUGCUGAGCAGAAGAUAAAAUUCAGGAGAGAAACAGCCAGUUUGAAAUUGCUACCCCACCAGCCCCGGGUUGUGGAGAUGAAGAAGGGAAGCAAUGGCUAUGGUUUCUAUCUAAGGGCAGGCCCAGAACAGAAAGGUCAAGUCAUCAAGGACAUAGAUUCCGGAAGUCCAGCAGAGGAGGCUGGCUUGAAGAACAAUGACCUGUUAGUCGCUGUCAACGGCGAGUCUGUGGAAUCCCUGGAUCAUGACAGUGUGGUGGAAAUGAUUAGAAAGGGCGGAGAUCAGACUUCACUGCUGGUGGUGGACAAAGAGACGGACAACAUGUAUAGACUGGCUCAUUUUUCUCCAUUUCUCUACUAUCAAAGUCAAGAACUGCCUAAUGGUUCUGUCAAGGAGACUACAGCUCCUACACCUGCUCCUCUAGAGGUUUCAAGUCCAGAUACUACAGAGGAAGUAGGAGAUCAUAAGCCUAAGCUCUGCCGGCUGGUUAAAGGGGAAAACGGCUAUGGCUUUCGCUUAAAUGCGAUUCAGGGUCGGCCAGGCUCCUUCAUCAAAGAGGUACUGAAGGGCAGCCCUGCCGAGCUGGCAGGGCUGGAGGAUGAAGAUAUCAUCAUCGAAGUGAAUGGAGUGAACGUGGUGGAUGAACCCUAUGAGAAGUUGGUAGACAGAAUCCAGAGCAGUGGGGAGAAUGUCACACUCUUAGUCUGUGGAAAGAAAGCCUAUGAUUAUUUCCAGGCUAAGAAAAUCCCUAUUGUUUCCUCCAUGGCUGAUCCACUGGAUGCCCCCACUGAUUCCAAAGAAGAGACACUGGCAGAACCAGAGCACGACUCACACACAGCAAAAGAACGAGCGUACAGUACAGCCUCACAUUCUUCUUCCAAUUCUGAAGAUACAGAGAUGUGAUGAGAGCAACUAACGGCGUUGGCUGACAGCUGUUUCUGGGUGUUGAGUAGGGAUCCUUUCCCGAAGAAUGAGCUGCCACCCAUUCACUGUCUCUGGUAGAGAGGAACUCCUCUGGCAACCAGUUCAUCAUGGGGGACUGUCUUCUGUUGUCAUUUGCCUUGGGGGUGACUACUGCAAUAGAUGGCUUAUUUAUGGCCAACUUAAGGCGGGAACCACAUUCUUUUCACGUGAUUUCUUUCAAGCUUCAACUUCACUACAUUUCUCUAUGACGAUAUCU